ACCAACUUGUGGCAACACCUCUCAAGGACGCUGCUGGACACUAACUGGUAACUAUCCCUAACCACAUAAAUAGAGGAGCAGAGAGUGACGCACGUUAGUUCAGAAGAGUAAGUGAGAAGAGGCUCUCAUGGAGAGUGAAUAUUCACCAUGGAAAAGUAAAAGUGGCGGGGGGGAUGGAGGGCGCCGAGGAGGUGGCGGCGCGAGCACCAUGGCUGCGCCCCCCUCCUCGGCUAUGAUCCACCUGCUGCCGCCCGUGAUGGAGGUGGAGGAGGACGCCCCACAGCCUGAUACCCUGCUGAGGCUCGGGAACACCUGGCCCAGUUGACUCGACAAGGAGUACACGCAGGAUAGAGUUGUGGAGAGGUGGCCGCCGGUGUCUACUUACUGGUCUGCCGCCCCUCAUGCCUGCCCUGCUGUGGACUCCUGCAGCGACUUGGGGGAGAGUGUGGAGGAGGCUUCUGUCACGUGGUGCUCCUCUUCUGGAUACCACAGUCAGGCACCUCGACCCCUCACCACCACCAACACCACCAGUGAAGCCAGCCUGAGACUCCCUACUGGUGGUGAAAAUGAUGAAAGUGAUGAUGACAGUGACAGUGAUGAUGACAGCGCCUGGGGAGAGGACGAGUGGCCCCUGGAACGCCCGCUGCCCUUGCCUGAGUGGGGGUGUGGGCGUCCCUCCUUGGUUUUCCCCACCAUGCAGGAUUACCGAAGGUUUGUAAGCCGGGUGUCCACUCGCCUCCGCCGCGCCCUGGCCCUGCAGCCCUACGACUCCGUGUCCAACUUUCUCAUGUUUGCAGAAGAGUACAAGGCCUCAGAGUUCUCCAGCUUGCAAGACUUCUACCGCUACUAUGACCCGCCACUCGUGUCAGGACGGUAUACUUGUGUGGGUCUGGCGGCCGACCUUGCUUCCCGCCUCGCUGACCUUGAAGGUCACUACCCCGGCUUCAAGGAUUCAAUCUAUCAGGUGUCAUGCGAGGAGGAGGUGACGGAGGAGGAGGUAGCAGACAUCGUAUCCAUGGAAGAGCCAAGUCCUUCCGCCUCCUUCAAAGAACACGUGUUGCUAUGCGUGCGUAUCCGCGUGGAAGGGCGCGCGGGUGUCAUUCUCUUGGAUCCUGGUUACCAUGUGCCUUGUCCAGUAACGGUCAUGGAGGACGGGUUGGCGCCUCACUCCGGCCCUGUUGAAACCGCCACAGCCCGCGCAGAUGUCCAAAGAAUCUAUACCUAUCAUUUCCCUUCUAAUUCUUCCUCCUACGUCAUCUGGGAGGUGGAGGAGAGAAGAGGUGGAAAGAGUAAGUGGACGAGGAGUCUUGUGCACGUCUCUCGCCCUUAUCUCUCCGGUGUGGAUGUGACCGAAAGGCGUAACUUGGCCUAUACGUUCAAGACUCUGUUAGGCCGUGAUGCUGCAGGGAAGUUUAACGCUGGUUUCUACUUCGUCAUUAAACCGUCAUCGUCACCAUCAUCCACCGCCAUCUCCUUCUUCCGCAAAGUCAACGGUGAGAUGAAACACGUGAAGAAAUCUUUGGCCUAUUUCCUCCAGAACGAAGAGAAGGAAGAGAUAGAUGAGGAGGUAGAGGAAGCGGUAUUGGCGGUGGAAAACGGAGUAGGGAGAGCAAGAGGUGACGUCCGCUCAACCCUCAUUACGCUGGCCAACCUUCUGCAAGACAAAGGCUUCCUGGCUGACUUACUUGAGCUAAAUGGGGCUCUGGAAACCUUAGGGGAGCCGUAAAAGGAUGAUUCUUGCGUUUCAUACCCAUCAUGGAAACGGUAACUCUUGAAAAUGUUUAUGUAUUAUUUUUAUUUUAUUAUUUUUUUAAGGAAAGGAUUAUGCUUUUUGGUAAAACUUGAAUAAUACAAAGAUUUUUUUAAUAAGGAACAUACAUUUUUAUUUUUUAUCUUCAACACUUGGAAUUACAGAAUUACAUAUAUCUAUUUGUUUUCCAUUUUAUUUUCUUUAUAAGGAAAGGAAUAUUUUUGUCUUGAUAAUAUUGUUGAGAUUAAUCUUAUAUCAAAGUAAUGUAUAUUCUUGUCUGGCAUUAAACCUUUGUGCCUUUUUGCAAAGACUUGUACUCUUUAUAGCAACAGCGAAAUUUUUGUAGCACAUUAGCCUUUAUUUGAUGAAAAUAUAUUUUGGUGGAAGACA